AUGGCUAUUUCUCCAGCACAAAGUCUGUGGGGAGAUUUCAGCUCCAUAGGGAGUAGAAUGCCGAGUAGCCCUCCAACAGCAACUAUUGACUCUUCAGCAACCAACUCAUGGGUUCCUCUUGCAAGUGACCAGCUGAAACUUAAUUGCGAUGAAGCUUUCAAGCAACACCAACAACAAUCAGCAAUUGGAAUUGUGAUCAGAAAUGAAAGAGGCAUCUUACUAAACGGAAAAGCUAUGCAAAUCCCAGCAGUGUCAAGCUUAUAUGCAGAAGCAGCGGCGGUACGAGAAGCAACUGUGAUGGCGCAAGUCCUUGGACUGAACAGAGCAAUUGUAGAGAGUGAUAACUUGCAG